AUGGGUUUACCAAUAUUUUUCAAGCCUUCGGAGCCCGAUUCCUCAUCAAAUGCGACAGAAGACCCUACAUCCCGCGCACGAUCUACCAUUCGAGGUCAUGCUCCUAUUCUUCGAAGUACUCUGCGCAAUCCUUCCUCUCGUGCUACUAACCGUUGGCGUGUGCAUAGCGCACGGAGAUGGGCGCCCACAGAUGAUGUUGAACAGCAUCGUCUUUAUCACAGCUCUGACGCAACUCGUGUAUUCAUCACUGCUCCUACUAGAUCUUCAAUCACAACAACAACUAGUGAUGCAAUGGGACAUGCGAGGAGAAAUGAUUCAUCAUCACCGGAAGUUCCAAUAACAACAUUUAGGCCUAAUACCUUCAUAGAUAUUUUGAAUGCCAAUGAUUCUGAUGAUGAUGAUGAGGAGGAGGACGAGGAUGAUGAACUACCGAUGCCCGCUGUUCCGGAAUCUAGAGAUUUUUCCAACCCUUCCAAUUUAGAGUCGCGAGAUUCUGUCAGACGUCAUCAGCGAUUGAUGAGAACUGCAAUACUUGGAGCUCAUGGCUUGCCUCUCUCCUCUUUCCUCUCUCGAACAUCUCCAAUUCCAGAACAGCGCCCCAGGGCAGUAUCCCCCAUUCAAAUUGAUGUCAGAAACACGAACCGCAAUAAUCCAUUAGCGGAACGUACCGGUGAAACGAACUCACAAGAUUUCUCGGCGCAGAGGCAUCAGGUGGGACGGCGAGAUACAGCAGCAGAUCGAGACCGGCGCAUUCAGCGACGCGUGCGUGGAGGGCUACGCAAUCUUGAUGCCACUAUCAGACAAGAACUGCUUCAACACUCCCGCCAUCACGACCCGGUCGAAUAUCGACAGCGAUUCUAUAGCCACGAGGCACGACGCAUCAGCGAUUUCAGAGAGCAAUUGCGGAUCAGGGAACGAAUUCGAGCUUCGAGAGAACGAAUGCAGGCUAAUAGAGAAUCCACUCCCGCCAGAACCGAAGGGCUACUGCAGGGUCUUAGAGAAAUAAUAGACCGGUCCACUCGCCCUGCAUCUGAAGACCGACUGCUUGCUGACGUAGAGCGUCCUGGAAUAUUGAGAGAGAGACCUCUAGCUGGUGAAGUGCAAUUCAGGCGGUACACCCCCUCUGGCCGUCGAGAACAGCAGACCAACACGCCGCACAGUGAAAUAGAACAGGCCGAUCAAUCAAUUUCUUCUAGUUCCAGAGAGCAGCAUCGAUUUGAUUUAUUUGAAGGAAUGCCUAAUCAUCUCGACGUUGAAAGCAACGGACAAGAAGCCACCCAACCUAUUACACUACCGCAGUUUGGGGAAGGAGGAACUUUCAGGAUAAACACCAAUUAUGACGGCCUCGGUGAUCGAGAACGUAGCAUUGAGUUUCAAGAGCCAGAGAGGGGUCACAGAGAAUUUGAUGGCCAUUACGUCAUAGAUAAUGUUGAGCAACACGAUGUUCACGACCGUAGUGACUCAAGGCAUGAUUUGGAUCUAGAAGGUCCGGAGUCAUGGGACAGUAUCUUGAUCACGCCAGAUCCACAAUCACCAAACCCAUCAUCUUCAUUUGCUUCAACCGCUGCGUCUAGCUCACAGCGGCCUUCUCUAGGAACCUCUAUUAGUAGUCUGCCAGAGAAUGAGUCUCUUCCGAUUGGUGAUUGCGACAAUCCAUCAGAUGUAGAAAUCGAUGAUGAGGCAAUUGUCGCAGCUAUUGAAUAUUUCGGACGAUAUACACAAAAUCGCCCAGGCCCUGCAUAUGUCGAACAACCUAUUGGACAACAUAGAACAUUCGCGGGGUGA